UGGAAAAGUCCAAAAAGGCCCAAACAUUUCUGGUUUGAUCCGGAGGUUUUAAAACUGAGGUUGCCUCUCCCUCUCUCUCUUUCUCGCUCGCUCCAAAUUUCAUAGUAGCAGAGGGCCCCGGAAAGAUGGCAGAAGCGCAAUUGUCCGGUCACCAAACAACAUCCUUCCUACGCUCACACUCGCUACUAACAGCAACAACGCGGCGUGCCGGUGUGGCGCCGUCUCCAAGCCGUGUCUCCUUCGACACGCCCAAGGCCAAAGUCCUAGCCAUGGCUAUCAAGAGAAGUCCUAAGCGUCUUAAAUACUCCUCUCCUCAAUUCACCAAGGAGGAUAGGUUGAUGUAUGUUGAAGUUGAUCCAUCAGGAGCAGAUUGUUGGAAACUGGAACCUGUUGUUGAACUUUUGAAAGAGGGAGCAGUGGGGGUCAUCCCUACCGACACUGUGUAUGCAAUAGUUUGUCAUUUGAAGAGCCAGUCAGCUAUUGAACGUCUUCGAAGAAUAAAGAAUAUAGAGCCCUCGAAGCCUCUUAGUAUCUUGUGCCGCUCUCUCCGGGACAUAGAUAUAUAUACAACUGGGUUCCCUCGUGGUGAUGGUCAAGGACAUGCAAAUAUAUUUCGAGCUGUUAAACACUGCUUACCUGGACCUUACACUUUCAUUUUAACUGCCAGCAAAGAAUUGCCUAAACAAUGUGUAAGAUAUGGUACUACAACAGCCAAAUAUGCUUCCAGAAAAAAUGUGGGUGUCCGUAUCCCUGAUGAUGCCAUAUGCCAAGCAAUAUUGGAAAAGAUGGAUGCUCCAUUGAUAUCCACAAGUGCCAAAUGGCCGAAGGAGAAUGAAUGGAUGAUGGAUCCAGUGGUGAUAGCAGAUAUAUAUGGACCAGAGGGCCUCGAUUUUGUUGUUGCUGGUGGUGUAAGAGUUGCAGAUCCUUCCACUGUAGUUGACAUGACUGGAGCUUAUCCAAAAAUUAUUCGGCAAGGAAAGGGACCUAAAUUACCCUGGAUGGAAGAGAACGAUCUUAAUGACUCAGCUACACUUGAAGAUCUAAUCCCUUCUGCUACCUAAGAUGUUCUUGAACAUGAAUCUUGACAGAAACCUGUACAGAAUUAUAGUUUGUCUGCAUUCAUCACUUUUUAUAUGAUAUUUCAGUUCUGGGUCACAUAAUUAACAUGACCUUGCAUAGACAGCAUAGAUAUGUUUUGUAAAUGUCUGGUCAAGAAAUGCUGCUGCAAAAUUCUAGUAAAUACUGAACAUUUUUUAUACUUGUGACUUGUGAGUGAAUAUCUCAAUUGGU